AUGUCAUUCCCUAAAGUCGCCAUCAUCGGAGCAGGCCUCUCAGGUCUCGCCCUAGCCCUCGCCCUUCACCAACAAGGCAUAGAGUCUAUCGCCUACGAACAACAAAGUGCCCCCCUCGACAUCGGCGGUGCAAUCAUGCUAUCCCCCAACUCCCUCCGCGCCCUCGACAAGCUCGGUGUCUUUGAACGCAUGCUCCCCAAGUCCUACAAAUUCCAGGACUUGUACUUUUACUCCCAAGACGAUAAACUCGUUGACGUUUUUGAGUUUGGCAAUAAAGAUAAAUACGGUUACUCUGGUAUUCGUGUUUAUCGCUUCGAACUCAUUAACAUUCUUCUUGAUCUUGUUCGUGAGGCGGGUAUCAAGGUUGAGUAUGGGAGAAAGUUUGAGAGUAUUGUUAGUGAGACAGAGGAUAGCGUUACGUGGCGCUUUACAGAUGGGAGUGAAGAGACGGCUAGUCUUCUUGUCGGCGCGGAUGGCAUUCACUCUCGUGUGAGAAAGUAUCUCCAUCCGGAACUUGAACCAAAGUUCACGAACAUGAUUGGAGUCACAGCUGCUGUUCCUGCGAAGCAACUCAAGCUAGAGAACAAUGAGUAUAAGCUACCAGCUACUUUCAUGCACGACAAGCGCGGCGCUUUCGUCAUUGCACCGCAGUUGGCAGAUGGUUCGGAAGUUCUUAUUGGAAAGCAGAAGAUGUUUGUUGGUGAAGAUCCAGGUCGUGAUGCUUGGAAGGCUAUGAACUCUGAUAAGACGUGGUGCGUUGACUUUUUGCGCGAAGGAAACGAGGAUUUCCCCGCCAUCGUCGCAAACUCCACCUCAGAGAUUUCACCUGACAGGGUCAACCUUUGGCCGUUUUAUCUUCUCCCCAAGCUUGAGACUUGGGCAUCAAGUGACAAGCACGGUCGAGUCGCUAUUCUCGGCGACGCAGCCCAUGCCAUUCCUCCCACCGCCGGUCAGGGUGUGAAUCAGGCAUUCGAGGAUGUUUACACCUUUGCUGGCGUUCUUGGUCAGCUGAAGGGGAAGUACAGUGAGGGUAUUAGUGAUGCUCUUGAGCGAUGGCAGAAGGGAAGACAGGAGCGUGUUGACAAGAUCAUUGAGUUGAACAAUGAGAUUAACAAGAGGAGGAUGCCUAAGCAGGCUGAUGUUGAGACUAAGCCUUUUGAUAUUGAUUGGCUUUACUCUGUUGAUUUGGAUGAGAUGGUGGGACAGUUUGUUGGUGGUAAUUAA